AUGAACGAGGAACUGCAAGAAGCAGUUUUUGAAGAAGUUUUCCAAUCACCUCCAUCAGGUAAUGUUGUUGAAAAACAAAAUGCAGCAAAACACCUGCAGCCGGCUCCGUUGAUGAAGAUUGGACUCGGUCGUGACAAAUAUAUGCAAGUGGUUGAAUUAGAUUUGGACGCAAAACCGGAAGAAGUCGGUGAAAAAAAUAGAAUGUUAUAUUCGUGCAAGCACAACAAUCCUUGCCAAGGUUAUCACCUUGAAAGAACUUACUAUGCAGCCUAUAGGCCAGCUCUGUUUAUACUCUGUUACAAAUAUGACUACUGCAUUGAACUCUCCUGUCCGAUGCAUUUCUACUGGAACAGUUCCCUGGCAACAUGCGUCGAUGCAGAAGAAAUUCAGGAAGUGCCUGAUUACAAAGUAAGCGAGGAGGCUAAGGAACUUACUUCCAUCAGAACAAGGUUUUAUUAA